GUCAUCUCUUGCCAUGGAUACUACCCACCAGGGGUUAGUAAAGUCAUUGGCCGUGGUGGUUGGUGCUACAUCGGCCUCAUCGACGACUCGACCGUCCUCAAAUACCCAAAAAUUCCCGGGGAAGGCGACAACAUCAAAGUCGAAGCCCAAAUUCUCAAUAUCCUUGGAUACCAUCCCCGGAUCAUCAAGUCCCACGGGCUGACUGAUCACGGUCUCGUACUGCAGUAUGCUCUCAAGGGAAAUCUCGACGAGUACAUCACACACAACCCAGAUGUUUCUGUUGAGCAGAGACCACAUUGGUGCAAACAGACCGCCGAAGCAGUCAGUUAUAUCCAUGAAAAGAAUGUUAUGCACUGUGAUAUGGGUCCUCGGAACUUGUUGCUCGAUGAUGAUCUUGACAUCUUACUUGCGGACUUUCAGGGGGUGUUGAAAUCAGCCGACGGCAGAAUAUUACUUGACGGGUUAUCUUGGGAGUAUCCUAAAUACUAUUGUCCCCGGGCACAUUGCGACUACAUUGAUGUCAAGACUGAUGUUUUUGCUCUCGGUUUUGUAAUAUAUUCCAUUAUUAUGGGCCAUGAGGUCUUUCCGGAAUUGAACAGCUGGGAGCACGAUGAAGAGAUCGAAGCUCGCUUUGCCAACGGGCAGUUUCCUACAGACAGACACCCGUGUUUCGAAAUUACAGAAAAAUGCUGGAAACAGUUGUAUGAGUCUGCUGGCGAUGUUGUUGCUGAUUUAUCUCAGAUACAGCUAUCAGAUUGAAUGAAGG